UUAUCGCUCGGCUACACACGGGCUGCUCAGUACAACAGAGAAUGGGCUGCAUUCUCACACUGGCCCUGCUUUUUACCUUUGGAAUUUAUGUAGUUUAUUCUGGCCCCCAUAUCCUACAGUAUCGCUUAACGCUAAUAUCAACCCCUACCCCCGGCAGUCCCCAGUGCACCAUAACUGCCUAUAUGGAUGGCUUGAAUUAUGGAAGGUACGACAGCGACACGGGCCAUGGUCAGGCUUUGGUUCCAUCUCUGAGUAUUCCUUCACUGGCUGAGCACCGGGAGAUGCAGACUAGACACGCCCGGGGGGUGGAGCUUAUUCAACGAGACAAAAUUAAAUUUCUGAUGGGCUUUUUAAACAAGACAAAUGGUAAUGGAGACUUCCAUGUCUACCAGAGGAAGUUUGCCUGUGAGCUGCAUGAGGAUGGAACCGUUCGUGGAUAUGAGGAGAUUGCCUUUGAUGGGAAGGAGUUUAUAUCAGUGGAUAAGGAGAGAGUGGUGUAUGUGCCUGUAACACAGGAGGCUCUGGUUAUCACUGAGCUAUGGAAUAAGCGCUAUGAUUAUGCAAAGACAAAUAAGAUCUACCUGGAGAAUGAAUGUAUCCAGCACAUGAAGAUGUAUCUCCCUUAUCUAUCAACUGACUUGGAGAGGAAAGUUCCCCCCAAAGUGAAGGUUUCCAGCUCAGAGUCAGAGAGCGGUACCAAACUGCACUGCCGGGUGUAUGGGUUCUACCCCCGAGAUGUGGAAGUGAAGUGGAUAAAGAAUGGGAGAGAUGAGAUUCACUCAGAGGAGGCAGCACAGAUCCUGCCAAACCCUGAUGGCACCUAUCAGAUCAGAGUCAGUGUGGGGGUAACACCAGAGGGGGGCGCCACUUACUCCUGCCAUAUAGAUCACAGCAGCUUGGAGAAGACACUGGUUAUUCCCUUUGAACCCAACAAGAGAAGCCAUUUUUAUAUCAUCCCUGUGGCAUGGCUCCUCCUCCUCCUCCUCCUGAUUAUCCUGGGAGCACUGAUAUACAGAAAGAGAAUGGCAAAAGGCCAAGAGAAUUUCAGAGGAGGAAAACCAUGACUCUUGCCAUUAACAUUAAAUUGUGCAAAUAACAACAUUGCAUGGUUCUACAGCCGGCCUCCACUAUGCCUUAAUUGGUCAUUGCAAAAACAUUGGGACUAGGGACUGUUAUCUCAGGAAUUUUGUAAAGCAUUGCAUUUUUCCAUUCCCCCCCCCCCCCCAAAGUUCUAUAUAAUGAAGAAUUUUAAAUGACAUUAAGAUGUAAAAACAAGAUUGUUACACUAUGUAUAAAAAUUUACCCACGUAUUAGAACAUUACUUGGUGCCCCCCCCCAAUGUAAAUACAGAUACUGACUUGGGGGUACAUUUAUCAGUUGGGUAUUCCUACUGUACUAUCAAUUCAAAAUUCUUACUUAUCGUCGUCAGUGAACAUUAGAGAUUCCAUAUAACAGAUCCCCAAAAGAACGACUGCUCUGAGCUACUGAAUCCCCUAGUCAGCUAUGGGCAAUGUUUACAUAUUGUUAAUGGUUUUUUACCUGCUCAAUUAAUAUUGAUUGUGAUCAUUAUGAAUGGAAGACGUGCCGAAGAGUUAGAAGAAUUGCACUCUAUACCACUUAGACUGUAAGCUCUAUGGGGCAGGGACCUCCUUCCUACUGUGUCUCAUACCACAGGGCUGUGUAUUUAUACGUAUUUAUUGUAUUUAUGACACUUGUUCUCCCUGUGCGUAAUUGUAUAUAUUGUACAGCGCUUUAUAAAUAAAGUUAUACAUACAAAC